UACUCACAUCAGACAUUACGUCCUAUGAAAAUUGGCAAUGCCGGUGACAUCACGGUUAUUUCCACGGGUGGGCAGAUUAACAGUGCAGUCAUAAGGACUCGUCUCUUGGCUCCGCAUUUCGCUUAACAGGAGCAGUGCUCAUUGAUCGUGUGUGCUCACUGAGCGGCAGCAGCAGCAGCAACAGUUCCUUCAACGCAAAGUUUGCUCCACAGAAAGUUUCCUCCAUAGAAAAUUUCCUCCACAGACAGUGCAAUGGCUAAAUAUAAGCUUAAACCCUGGCUGGUGUGCUGCCUAAUUUUGGCUGGUUUAAUUUGCGCUGUCGGUGUCGUCUGUGCUUGCAUCGCCUUACUUAUGGACAGAGGAUGUCCCAGCGGCAGCUUCAAGCAUGCGGCUGUCUCUGCAGACUCGCAACUUUGUUCUGAUAUCGGCAGGAAUAUGCUCCAGCAGGGGGGGUCAGCAGUAGAUGGCGCCAUUGCAGCUCUUCUGUGCACCUCAGUGGUGAAUCCUCAGAGCAUGGGGAUUGGAGGAGGGUCUAUAUUCACUAUAAGAAAUAAAGCAGGCAAUGUUAAAGUCUACAACUUCAGAGAGACUGUCCCACAGUCUUUCAAAUCUAACCUGUUAAAUGACUGUCCCACCACAUUCAAACUGAGCACAGGCACCCAGUGGAUCGGCGUUCCCGGAGAGCUGCGAGGCUAUGAGGCAGUUCACAAACAAUAUGGCAAGCUGCCUUGGGCCAAGCUGUUUGAGCCAACUAUUAGACUGGCCAGGGAGGGCAUCCCUAUGCCACCAUACCUGGCAAAUCUCCUGGGCCACCCAUUAGUGAAACCUCAUGUGGAAAAGUCCUCUCUUUGUCAAGUUUUCUGCAAUAAAAACAAAACCAUCCUGGGCAAAGCGGACACCUUGAAGUUUCCUAAACUUGCAGAAACCAUGGAAAUUAUUGCUGAGCAAGGGGCAGAUGCUUUCUACACUGGCAAGAUAGGACAAGACUUGAUCAAAGACAUAAAGGAAGCAGGUGGGACGUUGGAAAUGGUGGAUCUGAAGUCCUUCAAGGUGCAAGUGCAGGACGCAUGGAAAGUUCCUCUGGGAGAUAGUCAGAUGUACAUCCCUCCACCACCUGCCGGGGGCGCCCUGCUUGCCUUCAUUCUCCAACUGAUGAAAGCGUUCCCCUGGCCUGCGAGCUCCCUGGAUGGUUACCAGAAGAUUCAAAUGUACCAUCAUUACAUAGAGGCAGCUAAAUUCGCUAAUGGACAGAAGAAGAGCAUUUGUGAUCCUCUCUUUAAUAACGGGAAGGGUGCAGAACAUUUGAUUGAUCCAUCCUUCAUUAAUCGCAUCAGGGAGAUGAUUUCUUCAAACGGCACCCAUGACAACAUCUACAACAAUAUUAAUCCCUCCACUGAUCGCUUUGGGACGACACAUGUGUCGGUCCUGGAUAAAGAUGGACUGGCUGUUUCUGCCACCAGCACCAUAAACGAAUUAUUUGGAGGAGCCAUUUACUCUCCACGAACAGGAAUCAUCCUCAACAAUGAGCUGUCUGACUUCUGUGGGAGAGCAGACAGAGUGAGGGCAGGUGAACGGCCUCCUUCCUCAAUGACUCCAGUUAUAUUGGAGUCAAAGUCUGGGGGGCUCCUCGUGAUUGGUGGAUCAGGAGGAAGCUUGAUCACGUCAGCAGUGGCCUUGUCUAUAAUGAAUCGACUGUGGCUGGGCAUGAAUCUGAGAGACGCCAUCACAGAGCCUAUAGUGUUUGUCGAUUCAAGGAACAACCUGAAUUUUGAGUCUAAAUUUAACGAGACUGUGAAAGAUGGCCUCAAAGCUCUUGGACACAAAGUUGGGAACUGGCUACAUUUCGUCAAUGUAGUCAAUGCUGUGGAAAAGGAGAAUGGAUGCAUAGUGGCCGUGUCGGACAGAAGGAAGCUAGGGAUGUCAGCUGGAUACUGAACAUACAGACCACGAAGAAGCGCCAACUUCCCAGUAAAAUUGCCCUAAUGACUGACAGAACCUUUAGCCUUAAGAACAAUGAAUGUGCCCAAAACAUGACAACAAGAUGUGGGCAACAUGCUUCUUCAAGCGCUAUGUGAUGAGCAACACUAUCAGGAAGCUACUAAGCUUAAAGGACAAGGAGGACUCUUUAAAGUACUGUAUGGAAACAUAUUCCAGUAACAUGAUCAGACUGGCAUAAAUAUAGAGAUUAAGUAUAAGAGAAUACAAACUUCCAAACAUUAAGUUAGAUCAGGUAAUCUAAACCACUUCAUUUGGAGGUAAACUGAAAGUAGUAAUUUUUUUGGCAUUAUUUUGACUUCUGUUUUCUAAUUUCUGUGCUUCAACCACUGACAGUAUAAAGAAUGGAUGUUGUUGUUGUAGCAGUGACUUCACCCACAGGUUUCUGAAGAGCUGUUUUGAAGCUCAAGUGUGGUGGCUCUGGCCGCAGCCAUAUUGGCAGUCCUGCCUUUGCCGCCUCCUGGCUAUUUGAAAAAUCAGCAAAGAUGUGGAUCAUUGGUGGACCUGAGGUGGGCUGAAUGACACCUGGGUGCUCAGAGAAGCUGUCUGUUACAGCACCUACAGCACCACUGGUCAGUCAGAGCAACCACACUGUUAUCAUAACUUUAAGUUAACCUUAAUAUCAUUUAAACGGGUGAGUUAUGUAAAACUUUUAGUUAUGUGUAAUAUGUGGACAAAACUACAAAAAAAGACUCAAGUUGUAAAAAAAGACUGACUUAUAAAUGGGACCACUCCAUUUAUAUGCAUUUUCAGCUAGCCAGGCGUCACACAUGCACUAUUGAUGUCAUAUGACUCGAAUGAAAUGGUCGUGCUACAAGCACACCAUCAGGCUGCUACUCUUACUGCUGAGAUCUGAUUUUAUGGUGAUACACAAGUGUGCCGUUUUUGCAGCAUGAGCCAAAAAAUAAUAAUAAUCUACUACAGUAACAAUAUUUUGGUCUUUUGGUUUAUAUUUGCCUCCAAGUGCUGUGUCAUGCUCUUUAGUAGUGAAUGUGAACUGUAUUCUGUAAAUGAGCCAUGUUAAAGUCACACCAUGAAUGACAUGUGACCUUAAAGAUUUGCUGUAAAACAUCAUAAAACAUAAACCAUAACUUGUAGAUUCACAAUGAACAAAAUCAUCUAUUUUCACACCACCGACAUAUAUUUUUUGUAUUUUCUAUGUUUUGAUGAGCAUUUUUUUUAUAACUAUUAACUGUGAAUAUUGUUGUUGUCCCAAUAAAACAUAUUAAAGUCUAAACAAA